CCCGCGGCGGGCGCCAGGGCGGGGCGCUGGCUGGCAUUCCGGGAGUGCCGGCUGGGCAACCAGGUUCUCUGUCCUGCCGGCUGACUUCGGCGCCCUGGCUUUGCGCGCCUCGGAGCAGCGCCCCGCGGGCCACCAUGCUCAGCGUCGUGCACUUCCUCCGGAGCUUCUUCAAGACUCCAGAGCCAGGUUCACACCUGCCAGGUAAAGACAAGAUUGAAGACAAGCAGCUCCCCACUUCUCCUACAGAACCAAAGGAAUGGGGACGGAGCCAGAAAACAGACCACAAUGAUUUUGAGACACUGUUCCACCAUAGCAAAAGUUAUUCAGACACAAAAAACGACCCCUUUGAAAGUGCUUCUGACACAGAGUCCCUGCCUGGUGACCUCACAGGGGGACUCUGCCUUUCUCUAAGUGGUACCUCUGUGGACAGAGAAGGACACUGGGGAUGCCCUGACAUUCCAGCAACCACAACUCCUCACAAGCAGCAUUCAACUGGUGUCCCUAGGCUUGACCCAAGGGAGAACCUAGAGUUGUCCCUUGACCCCAAGGAAGAGUCUUACAAAAGUGGGUUUCAAGCCUUUGCUGAAGUUGCUGGAGAAGAGAAGACAGAACACCUCCAGGACAAUGGCAUGGCCAGCCUACAGCUAGAGUCUUUGCUGGCAGGGUCUCCUCAUCACACAAAGUGCUGCUCACAGGAUACCACGGGCAGCUACAGUCUCCAGCCCGCAAAAGUGGUGACUGCACAAGACCUCAGGGGAUUCUCUGUUUUUUCUCUUCAGAAAUCCAGGUCUGAGAGUUGUCUGGGCAUCCCAGUAGUCUGGCCCUUCCUUCUCUGGUGCUGUGAACUGGGCCAGAGCUGGCCACAUAUCCAUAACAGGGCCAGGGGUUCAGGGCUGCCUUACAGAGGUCCACUGUACACCACCACCCCUUUGAGAGCCAGGACAAAGAAGGGAAGUAUUCUAGGCCCCAAAGACAACAUGGACUUUCUCUGUGCCGAGCCUUGCUCUGAUGUCCCUUGCCACAUUCCUUUGGGGACCUCUUACCUUGCAUAUGGCAAGCUUCACCAUAGUGCCCCAGAAAAUAUUAAUGACAAGGACAGGACAUCCCCAGAGCACUGCUGUCAGCACAUGAGAACACUGACAAGGGCCCAUUCCAUAGCAGUGUUUCCCUUAAGAUAUCCUGAGAAUCCUCCAGAACAGAAUUUUGUGAAAUUUGGGACUCAUUUGAAGGAAGGGAUGGGAGCAGAACAAGAUCCAAGAGCACAAAACCCUCUUCACCCUGUUCCCACCCAGAUGUCUCCUUUGCCUUCUGUUUUCCAAAGAAGGGCCCCUUACUUGCAGGUCCAGGAUAAACUCAGGGCUCCUAGUUGGAAAAGGGCCUUUCAGAACACACCCUCUGAAUUUCUCUGGCUGGAAAACCAGUUGGGACAGGAUUCUAGAUCCUGCCCAGUUUCUUUAUGCCUUACUGCUGAGUCUGUGAGCCUUAACACAGAGGAAGUGCCAGUGCCCACACAGUACAAGUCAGAACACAGCCCAGAAAGCCUACAAGAGGAACCCCAAAGCACUGGCCCUUCACCAAACAAUGCUGAUGUGAGUGACAGGCAAAACUACCUUCAGGACAUUUCUGUUGAGGCAGGAAACCAAACCAGUAAUUACAGAUCAAAGUACAUUCUCAGUGCAAAAAGAAAGCCACCUGUUAGGGCCAAGUUUCCACAUCAUUCUAGCAAUAGUGGGUCACAGGUGAGGAACAGACACUGGAUGCGUUGCUGUGAAGGGAGUGAUUAUUUAGUCACUCCAGAGACUACCCUGAAAACAAGUGCAACAGAUACUUCAAAGGAAGUGGAAGACCUGAUGGUUCUAGACCCCAACUUCACUGAAAAUGCCUUGAAGGAAUUUUUGGAAACCACAACAGCCACUGUGUCUCAUUGCAGUGGCGGGGAUGAGUGUGACCAGGGACUGGAGGGUGGUACCCAGGACUCUAAUGAGGGCCUGAAGCUAGAGCCCAAAGUACACACCUCUAGGGGCAGGUACACACUCAUCAUUAUAGCUGUUGAGCAGAAAGGUCUGCAGGCCACCGGGAGGAAAGCAGGUCCUCUUCCAGAAACACAGUCCGGAUUUCUGGAGCAAAGACCACCAUCUCCCUGCAGUGCUGGAGCAACCCCCUGUGAAUCUCCCAGGGCUAGGAAACCACAAACUUGUGGCUGUGAGUAUGAGCUGCCUGAUGCCAGUGGACUGGGAGGUGAUGAUGGAACUCUUUGUCAGGGGGCCAAAGCCGCAGAAUUUGAGGUAGUUCUGCUCCCCCAAACUGCCUCCCAAAAGAGGCCCCUGGGCAAAAAGACUUGUUCCCAGGAGCCCGCCCAGGGCAAGAGGAGCACAGGGGAUGUUGCAGAAAAAAACCUGCCUAGGGCAGACAGAAAGCAUGCUGCUAGGUUGCUGGGCCCUGGUCCUAAAGACAUACCCAAAGCCUGGAUCCUUCACCCCAUGGGCAGUCAAAGAGUACAGAGCCCCGAGGCCAGAACUGGGGGUGGGGAAGUGGAUGGGGUGGAGAAGGACUCUGGCAUCCCUGCCUCUGCCAGCGCCCAAGCUAUUCCACAGCCCGGCCCACCCCAUCAUUCCUGCAAGGCUUCGCAGGAACCCGGGAAGCGCCUGACGUUUCCCAAGGUGACCUCCGUCAGGAAAAGCAGGUCCUUGGUUGCCAAGACCCCAGGAGGGGAUGCCAGCGCUCAGGGACCCUGGCAUCUUCAGCCUGCCAGGCCUGCCACAGCCAGCAUAUCUGCCUGGACCGUGGGUCCUUCAGGCCUGGAGGAACUGCGUGGGGAUGGUGCAGGAUCUGCGGCCUGUUGGCAGAAUGCCGUUGGUGAGGAUGAGCCUCCUAUACACCAAGUGGGCAUGAGAACCUCUAGGAAGGUCAUCCCCCAGGGCGCAGGGGGCAGAGCUGCAGGUCUGAGAGAAGUGGACAAUGUGGAGACACCAGGGGACCUCAGAAGCAGAACCCUAUCCUCUGAAAGCUGUGAUGCUAAGAAACUCAAAACUCCAGAGAAAAGGCUCAGGACAAGGUUGGCCUUAGCUCAUAAGACCUUUGCAAAUUUUUUUGACUCAAAAGUUUUAGAAAAAGAGAACACUGAUGAAUGCUCUCCAGGUUCUUUCAAGGGCCAGAAGGAGAAGAGCAGACCACGGCAGAGUUCCUGGCGUGCAUUUCUGAAAAGCAAAGAUGCAGAAGGCCCCAAAAGGCCCACCUUAGUAAGUCUGGUUCCAAGACAGAAAAUCUUGAAUCCCCUCAGACCUUCUCCACCAAGGAACAACAGUCACUGUGAGGAGCAGGUAGAAGACAAGGAAAACUGUGUUUUUGGAGCCUGGUCCCCUCCACAUUCUCCCACACCAGUGUCACCCAGCAAUUUGGUUUCUCCAGAUAACAGGAGAAAAAGUGAGCCAACCAUCAAAUGCACCAGCCCCCAGGAAAGUAGUAGGUACCUAAGUUCAGGUAUCUUUCCUGAAAAGUCCUGGUUGAUGUCACCCACCAGCCCUCAUGCCCAGCAGGCUGGGAUCAGCUGCACUCUUCCUUCCAGUUCUGCCUGUUGCCUGGCAUAUGGAAGGCAAGGCAUGCCUUGCAAACCCAUGAGUCCCAAGCCCCGGAGCCCUAGGCCUGGUGUUCAUUGGGAAGAUUUCCACUACACUGGCAGGAGCAGUGCCAUCUCCAUGGUUUCUCUUGGAAGCUACAUUGAUGUGAAUAACAGUCCAGAGGCUUCUGAAAGGCCCAAGAACCCCAAGGCCCCGGCAAGCCUCCUACUUUCUCUGCAGACACGAAGCCAGGAUGACCAGAAGGAAGAGAGUGGGAAAAGAGGCUGGCAUCACCAUGGUCUGAGGCACCCUCACUCAGGAACCUUCCUCGAAGUGAGUAUUGGAGGAAGAUGACCAUUACCUCUCCAGAGUCUUUGAGUCUUGCUAGAAGAAUACAUCCAUUCUCCCAGAGUGUCCCAACAGGAUUGAACUGCAUGGGUUGGCCAGAGUACAUACCUGACACUGAGCCAGCAGAGCCAGAUACAACUCUUCCAGUCACCAGCACAGCAGAUGCACAUCACAUCGCAUGAAGCCCUCUGCACCUCCAGAGCCCUGGUAGUUGGGGACAGAGUGAAAAACACAGCUUCUUUAGGGAAGUGAGUUCUCCAGCCAAGAGAUAGUAAUAGAGAAAGCCCUAUGUUCUUGACUUUAGCCAUGGGAGUAGAAUCUCCAACUCUUGAGCUAGGAAGAAGGGUAGAUGGAGUGGUUUUUAGUUCAAAUCAAAAUGCUCGCAAAACGCACAGACUCUAACCCCUCUUAGUAACCAUCCUUAAUUUUCUUGAACAGAUGUUUCCUUAUUUGUGAUGCUCUUUCUCUUGGUAGCUGUGGGCAUAACAAAGAUUAAAAUUGUCCUGUGUUUCUUGUUUCAAAGUACAUAUGUAUGUAUGUGGAGUCUUAAAUGUUUUAUUAGUCUGCAGCUAAUUAGUUUAUUGUAAUAUUGUAUGUACAGUGAGAUCAAUGUCUUGUGUUUUCAUCCUUUGUGAAUUAAAAAUUCUCACUUGUUUUUUCUUUUGUAAUAACAAAA